ACUCUACCUGUCAAGCGGUGGGGUUUUUAAUUUAGUUUUGGCGGUUUUUGGCUAAAUGCCACAUAGAAUAUUCGUGUGUGUGUGUCUCGUUUUUUCGUUUUCAUGACUUUUGGGCACAUAAGUGGUGCAAGCCCCAAUUGCAGUGAAUUUGUGUGUCAGCGGUAGUGCUGUUUGUGGUUAUGUUGUCGGCGUCAUCCGUCAGAAUUUGAAUUUGAAAAAAGUCAGAAGUUUGCGAGUUAAAAUAGAUUCUAUUGAUCUAACAAUAAUGGAUCAGUUGGAAGACGUUGACGAAGUUUUGCGAGAAAUUGAGAGGAAGUAUUCGAGUUCGUCCAGUAUUGAGUGCCCCAAGAGUGACUUGGAGGAGCAGCUGCAGCUCUUGUCACAGGAUUUUGAGACAUUGGGUCUUCCACCAAUCGACUUGGCAAAGUCUGGCACAGAAUUGUUGGAACAAGUUGUAAAUAAUUCGCUUUUGUUGGUUCAAUUACACAGAAAAACGAUAUCGCAGAUGUCCGAUUUGGGUAUUUGUAAUCGCUCAAAAGAGAUAAAAAAUAACGACUUGGAGAAAGACAUCGUUCAUUUGAAACUUAAACUUAGGGCUGUUGAGGGGCAAAAUCUAAAGUUAGAAAGACAAUUAACUAAAGUAAAUAGCGAAUGUGACGCGUUGAGUAAGAAAGUAUCACUGCAUAACACAGAGACUGAUAAGUUAAAGCAAUAUCACAAAGCAAAGCUGAACGAAUUGGUUCAUCAUGUAAAUAGUUUGAAAAAUGAAAACCACCAUUUGCGAGAAAUGUGUGGUAAAGAUAUUGACAAAUACUUUAGCAAGGAAGAUAGAUUUUUGAAAAUAUUGAAAAAGCACAAACAGACUGAAGAAGUGUACAAAAGUGCCUUACAGAAACUCGAGGAUAACAACACGGAGAUUAUGAAUGAGAUUUUAAAUCUGAAGGAGGAAUUAGCUUUAGCAUAUCUGAAAAAAGAUUAGAAUAAUUUUUACAACUUUGAUUGUUUUAAAUUUAAGACUUAUGUACUUAUUAUGAAUUAUAUUUUUAAUAAAAACUGCACGUAAAAA